AGACUUAGCACAAUCUCAUCCGCUCUAAACAACCUCAUCAAAACUCCUUUCUGGUCAGAGAGAAGCAAUAAUUAUUAUUAACAUUUAUUAACGAUCAAUAAACUUGAUCGCGUUAUGGCCAGCACUAUUAAGGAGGCGCUGUCGGUGGUGAGCGAGGACCAGUCGCUGUUCGAGUGUGCCUACGGCGCGCCGCACCUGCCCAAGGACAUGACCGCGUCCUCCUCCGGCGACUAUGGGCAGCCCUCCAAGAUGAGCCCCCGCGUCCCGCAGCAGGACUGGCUGUCUCCACCCCCUGCCAGGGUCACCAUCAAGAUGGAGUGUACCCCCAGCCAGGUGAACGGCUCGAGGAACUCCCCCGAUGAAUGCAGUGUGGCGAAAGGCGGGAAGAUGGUGGGCAGCCCGGACACCGUGGGCAUGAGCUACGGCAGCUACCUGGAGGACAAGCACGUGCCCCCUCCCAACAUGACCACCAGCGAGCGCAGAGUGAUCGUCCCGGCAGACCCUACGCUGUGGAGCACAGACCACGUCCGGCAGUGGCUGGAGUGGGCAGUGAAGGAGUACGGCCUCCCCGACGUGGACAUCCUGUCCUUCCAGAACAUCGACGGGAAGGAACUGUGCAAAAUGACCAAAGACGACUUUCAGAGGCUCACCCCGAGCUACAAUGCUGACAUCCUUCUCUCGCAUCUCCACUACCUCAGAGAGACUCCUCUUCCACAUUUGACUUCAGAUGAUGUUGAUAAAGCCUUACAAAACUCUCCGCGGUUAAUGCAUGCUAGAAACACAGGGGGUGCAGCUUUUAUUUUCCCAAAUACUUCAGUAUAUCCUGAAGCUACGCAAAGAAUUACAACUAGGCCAGAUCUACCUUAUGAACCACCUCGGAGAUCAGCCUGGACGGGGCAUGGCCACCCGACCCCCCCAUCGAAAGCUGCUCAACCAUCUCCUUCCACAGUGCCCAAAACUGAAGACCAGCGUCCUCAGUUAGAUCCUUAUCAGAUUCUUGGACCAACCAGUAGCCGCCUUGCAAAUCCAGGGAGCGGGCAGAUCCAGCUCUGGCAGUUCCUCCUGGAGCUCCUGUCGGACAGCUCCAACUCCAGCUGCAUCACCUGGGAGGGCACCAACGGGGAGUUCAAGAUGACGGACCCGGACGAGGUGGCCCGGCGCUGGGGCGAACGCAAGAGCAAGCCCAACAUGAACUACGAUAAGCUCAGCCGCGCGCUGCGCUACUACUACGACAAGAACAUCAUGACCAAGGUGCACGGCAAGCGCUACGCCUACAAGUUCGACUUCCACGGCAUCGCCCAGGCCCUGCAGCCCCACCCGCCGGAGUCGUCCCUGUACAAGUACCCCUCGGACCUCCCCUACAUGGGCUCCUACCACGCGCACCCGCAGAAGAUGAACUUUGUGGCGCCCCACCCGCCCGCCCUGCCCGUGACGUCCUCCAGUUUCUUCGCCGCCCCAAACCCGUACUGGAACUCCCCGACCGGAGGCAUCUACCCCAACACCAGGCUGCCCGCCGGCCACAUGCCUUCCCACCUCGGCUCCUACUACUAAGGGCCCAGAGAGACCUUUCCCGACAAGCCGCCCCCACCCACGACUUGCCACAAACUCUAUGGGAGACCACGAAUCUAAAGUGCCUCAGGAGGGACGACCAGGCUUGACUGGGGGCUGGGGGAGGAAGCCAGGGACGCAGCCAAGGGUUCUGGCGGGAGGGAAUUACCAAAGCAUCACUAUAGCCAUUGCGAGGACGCUGCAGACGUCCGGGCCGUGGACGUGCAGUCGGUGGCCCGGCUGGGGAAGGACACUGUCAAGUAGAAGCGCGAGGUCGGGGGACGCCGUGCCAAAGGGACUGGGCUUCGGGAGCGUGUCCACAGGGAGUCUGGGUCCGCUGGCGUAAACCGGGACGAAUCUAAAGCAAUAGAGAUAGAGCAUAGUCUGGACCUAACACACCGUUCAUGACGCCAUUGCAAGGAAAACUACCUGUAUUUAAAAAACAGACACAUAUCAA